AUGUGCCGCCAAUGCGAUAGGGAGUCGUUUUGUGGGUGGAAAUCACUCCGCGAGUUGCUUCAUUUGGGGCCUGAGACGAGCACAAAAUGUUCGGACUAUGAGCAGAAAAAGAGCGCCGAGUCUUCAUAUCUUGCAUAUAAAGCGUGGUUAAAGAAUGAGAGCCCGGAAGUACAGCAAGCCCUCGCCGCGAACAAGCCAUUCUUGAAGAAAUUCUUCUCCGAAUUCGAUGCCACUUUCUGUAAACACCCGAAACCAUCGGAUCCGUUAAAUGGGAAAUUGUUCAAGAUGAACUUCGGCGGUGCUCCCAAUGAACCGGCUCUCAUUAUCAACAAAGCGAAAGUCGAAGAGAAAUUGGCAAAUUUCAAUGAACAGACUAAGCAAAAGGUGAACAGCAUCAAGGAAAAGUACGCAAAGAAGAAUGAGAAUCCUCCGCCCGCUCAUAAA